CUGGUAAGCGCGCUAGUAGCAGCUCUGGCAGAAGCAACGGUGACUUCGAGGGAUGGCGGCGGCUGCAACAGGACCUGCAGCAUCCCAGAGGAACUGACUAAGGCUUUGGAACAGAAACCAGAUGAUGCACAAUAUUAUCGUCAAAGAGCUUAUUGUCACAUUCUUCUUGGGAAUUACUGUGACGGAGUCUCACUCUGUUGCCCAGGCUGGAGUACAGUGGCACAAUCUUGGCUCACUGCAACCUCUGCCUCCCAGGUUCAAGCGAUUCUCCUGCCUCAGCCUCCUGAGUAGCUGGGACUACAGGUGCAGAUGCUAAUUUCAGUGACUGGAUUAAAAGGUGUCGAAGCUCAGAAUGGUUGAAUGAAUGUUGCAUGUCCAUGUGUAGUCGGUGGUUGAAUGUUAUUAAUUUGAAUGAUAUAUGAUUUGCGAUGAAAGUAAGAAGAGAAAGAGUUUGUGGGGAAGUAUGAGACCCUCGUAUUUUACUGGCCCUCGCUGCUGUGCCUUGCCUUCCUGCUGGGCCGCUUCCUGCAUAUGUUUGUCAAGGCUCUGAGGGUGCACCUCGGCUGGGAGCUCCAGGUGGAAGAAAAAUCUGUCCUGGAAGUGCACCAGGGAGAGCACGUCAAGCAGCUCCUGAGGAUACCCCACCCUCAAGAGAAAAAAUAGUCUUGGUUCCAAACCAGGAUAGAUGAGUGGGAUCCCUGCUUUCAAUUUCCAAGCAGAAUGAUUGGAACCAUUGUGUUGGCAUUCAUCUGCCUGUAUCUUUUCAUUGUCAUCGAGUUCUGCGUGUUUGUGUACGUGAGAGAUGAGUUGGAUGUGUUUGAAAACAAGCUGGAAAGUUACAUCACCUUCACGAACCAUUCAGGGGUCCUGACCCCAGUCAUCCUGCAGGUGAAAGAGCUGAUCAGUGUCACCAAAGGAGUCUGGGUGGCGACCGUUUUGCCCGCCUCUCUCACGUGUGUGAGCUAUCUGUUCCACAUUUUGGUCUGUUACAGAAAGCACAUGAAGAGGCUAUGGGCAGGAGAUAAACAUUUUCUUCCUUUGAAGUUCCAUAACCCGGCCUCGUUGGAGAGCAUGGUGGCCAUUGCAAGGUACUCUGGCUGGCAAAUAGCCUAUAUUCUGUGGGGCUACCUCAUCAUUCACAUCGUGCAGAGCCUAUGUGGCAUGGCGAUCAUGUAUGGCCUGGUGCUACCCAUCGUCCAAACCAGGGCCUGGAAAUGCUGCAAGGGCUGGGCAUCGGGAUGUAAGUGCUGGGCGGGUAUCCUGUCAUUGACAUGUUCUGAGAGCUGGGGUCCCCCCAGCUGCUUUGUGGACCCAUGGUCUUGGCCCUGACCCAGAGAUGGGCC